UAUAUUGGUUUUGGUUUUGCAUUUUCAUCAUGUAAAGUACAAGAUACACUCAGUGAUAAGUGAUUGAAGGAUUAAGUAUUCAUAGUAAUCUGUAUGAUUGAGAUAAGCACGAAGAGCAGUGGAUUGUGGAAGACAAACAUCUAUGUGUUUUGUUUGGCUUAACUGGUAAGAUUUGUUUUCGGAAUUGAUAAAUCAACUUUCAUCAUGACAUCAAAUCAGAUUGAGUGUCUGAGUACCCAUUUUCUAGGGUUUCUUCAGGAUUGCCUAAAAACCAGAAAGAUUUCCAAACAAGUUAUGGAGCAUUGUUAUUCAUCUUUCCAACAUACCAAAUACUCUGAUCCUGCUUUUUCUUUUUGUGAUAUUUUUCAUCAUAUGUCUCAGCUUAAGUUAAUUAAAGAAGGAAAGAAUAAGGUGAUUACCAUCACUGAGAAACAAAAUACAUCAACACAGAUAAAAGAAAACAAAGGUGAAACAUCACAUGUAGAUGACAGAGAAAAGACCAAAACACACAGAAAGCAAUCAAAAAGUACAUCUCAGUGCAAAAGUGAAGACAAUAGAGCAUCUUAUUCAAGAGAUUCUUCUCAAAUAUUGAAUAAAACUGUCAAAAGAAAGACCUCUUUGCAAAUAUCCCACUCAGAGAAUAAAAUAUUCUGCCUUUUGUGUCGAGUGGCAUUUCCUAGUCAAACAGAGUUUGACAAACAUAAAACAAGCAGACUACAUCAUUUGGAAUUUAUCAAAUAUUGUCUUAAAACAAACCAACAAAAGCUAAAAGAAGACAAAAAUGGGGUAUCAAUAAUUAGUAAGCAAAUGAAGAAGGGAUCAUCUCAAGUGAUCAUGCAAGGAGAGGCUAAUGUCUCUGUGUCAGUCACCAUUCAAAUCAACUACAGUGCUCAUACACCACAUCAGUCCAUUCUGUUUGCUUCAUGUGAGCUGCUGCAUCGAAUGCCAUGUAUUGUUCUGUAUGAUUCUAAGAAUGUUGUUGAAGGCCAGUAUGCUCUUAGAAUGUUUAGUGGUCAAAGCUAUGAGAUAAAGGUGACUGCAUUGUCUUAUUCAGUAGGGCAGUAUGUAGUCCCAGUGACAUUCCAGUUUGUGAUAGAGGAAAGUUCUUUUCAAUUCCAUAUCACUCGAUGGAUUGUAUAUAAUUGUACAAAUGAAAUAGUUACUUCCCUUGAGCCUAGUAUACCCUUCAAAAAUAAACCAAAUUCUUCUUGUGCAAUACCACCAGCCAAGUAUCUAAUCAAAGGAAUGAAACUACAAAGGAAGGCUGACAUGAACAACUUGAAAAUUACACAAAAACUAGAAAAGUGUGAAAUUCCUGAAAAAUUUAAGGAUGUUGUAAUUCAUGAUAUAAAAGAAUGGAGUGAAAUGACUUCAGAGCAUCAGGCUUUGUUACAGGGUUUGAGAGUUCUAAAAGAAGACCUAGAAUCUUCAAACUACUGGAAGAAAUUUGAAGCUAUGCUUUUCCUGGAAGAACUUCAGAUGAAAACAGAUAUUCGAUGUUAUGACAUGAAGAAUGUCACUAUGAAUAAAGAUACAAGGAACAUUGGACUGCUAAUGUUAGAGGUCCCAGGACUCGCAGAAAAUCGUCCUUCAUUGUUGAGAGGUGAUUCUGUAUAUGUGAGGAAACGUUAUGGAGAUUAUGUAGAGACUGUGGAAUAUGAAGGAAGUGUUCAUAAAGUUCAGGAAACUAAAGUUUUACUAGGUUUUAGUGAAAGGCUUUUGAGAGAUUUUGUAACUGGAAUGAAGUUUGAUGUUUGCUUUUCCUAUAAUGAUCUACCACUGAAGUUAAUGCAUCAAGCUAUUUAUUUAGCCUCAAAUUAUGAGAUGUGGCCAGUUCUCUUCCCAUGUCAAUCAUCAGAUGUCACUUGUAAACCCUUGGUUGAUAUAUCAACGUCACUUAUACUGUACAACAAGAAUAUUGAGAAGAAUCGUGAGCAGUUUUUAGCUGUUCGUUAUAUUUUGGCAGGUACAUCUCGACCUGCUCCAUAUCUAUUGUUUGGUCCACCAGGAACUGGGAAAACUGUAACUUUAGUUGAGGCCACAAAACAGAUUUGGAAAAAUCUAUGCAACUCACAUAUCCUAGUUUGUACUCCAUCCAACAGUGCUGCAAACUUGGUGACUGAACGAAUUCUGGAGCACAUUCCUUCAACCCAAGUAUUUCGUAUUUUUGCCACUUCAGUGGACCCUGAAAAGAUUCCAGCAAAAUUAAAGAAAAGUUGCAACUAUAGUGAAACAAAAAGAAGCUACUUCUACCCAUUUAAAGAAGAAAUAAUGAAGUUUCGAGUAGUUGUAAUGACUCUGAUAUCAACAGGGCGUUUAAUAUCAGCCUCUUUUCCUCAUAAUCAUUUCACACACAUCUUUAUUGAUGAAGCUGGUCAUGCCAUGGAACCAGAGGCUAUAAUUCCUGUUGCUGGGUUGUUGAACCAUGAGAACAAUAAGAGUCCUGGAAGUCAGCUCAUUCUUGCUGGUGAUCCAAAGCAGUUGGGACCAGUUGUUCGCAAUGUGAUUGCUUUAAAAGGAGGGUUAGAAAUGAUGACAAAACUUUUAAAAAACUAUCGCAGCCAUCCUCACAUUUUGAAGCUGCCCAAUGAAAUGUUUUAUGAAGGAGAACUUCAGGCAUAUGCCAGUGAGUUAGAUACAACUAUUCUCUGUGAGUGGGAACGUCUGCCUACAAAGGGCUUUCCAAUUCUCUUUCAUGGAAUUUUAGGGAGAGACCUGCGAGAAAACCUGAGUCCAUCAUAUUUUAACCCUGAAGAAGUAGUCACUGUGAUAGAUUAUGUUCAGGAUCUUCUAACUUGCCGUAAUAUGCGUAUCAGAUUACGGGAAAAGGAUAUUGGGAUCAUUUCUCCUUACAGACGACAGGUUCAGAAAAUUCAGAAACAAGUGCAACAACGCAAUUGGAGAGAGAUAACUGUUGGGUCUGUUGAAGAAUUUCAAGGCCAAGAGCGUCGAGUCAUCAUCAUAUCAACUGUCCGUAGUUCUUCUGAUCUUAUGGCAUUGGAUUACGAACACCAUUUGGGAUUUUUGAAAAAUUCUAAAAGGUUCAAUGUUGCCAUCACUAGAGCAAAGGCUUUGUUAAUCAUAGUAGGUAACCCUCUAAUCUUAUCACGAGAUCAGCAUUGGAAAAAACUUCUACAGUUUUGUAUCAAAAACAAUAGCUACCGUGGUGCCCCUUGUCUGGAUAUUCAUCCAGAAGACACAAUUCAACGUUUUAUACAAACAGGAGUAGUCUCAAAUUCAAUAACUGAAAAGGAUUACUUGGUGUUUGAUGGAAAAAUUCCAAUUAGCCAACACACCUUACAAGAAGAACCACAGUGGAGUGGAGAUACGUAGUUUGUUCUAGAGACAAAAUUUGUUUAAAAAUCAACAUCAUCAUUGAAAAAGGAAUUUUAAUUAUGUUAUUAAACAGUGAAUCAUAUUGAAUAUUAUCUUUCAGAGUUGGUUGAUUUUUUGGAAGAAUUUUGAUAUUUAGGAAAUUUUAACAAAUGUUUUUUUAGCUAUUAAGAAAAAUCUUGUUUGAAACAUUAGUACAUGAUGAUGUACUUUAUUGUUAGUAAAAAAAUAACAUUCCAUGUGACAUUGAUAAUUAGAUUGUGUUUAGUGAAAUUGGCAAGUGCUUAUUUUUCAUGUUACCAGGAUCUUAUUUUUGUAAUUUGAUAUUUUUAAUAAUAACUCUUUUUUUUUUAUUGCUAACUUUUACCAAAGAUAAACUAUAAUGUGAUAAUAUAUCAGUUUAAAAAGUUAAUACUUUUUUUCACAUAGAAUUUUUCAGUUAAACUUUUAUGUGUGUAUGUGAAAAGGGUUAGCAUAUUGCUAACUGGAUGUGUUUUUAUACAUAAUCCAGUGGGAAUUUUGCAUCAGAAACCUGAAUGUGCGCUUAUAAUAAGAUGCUGAUAGUUGUAACCAUGGCCAGCUGAUAACUACAGUUUAUAACACUGUCAGCCCAACUAAGUUGAUGGUGUAACCUAGUCAAGUUUUAGUUGUGCCACUUUAAAUGUUGAAAAUGGCUUAAUGUGGUUUUUAGGUAAAUACACAACAUUUAUGCUCUUUGGUUUCAAAGGGGAGUUUGAAGCAGCUUCAUAACUUCUUUAACCAAAAGUACUUUUACUAGAAGAGUUUAUAUUUUGGUUCUUUCUCUGUUGAAGUUUUUUAACUUUCUUUAAUGUUUUUUUAUACUGUAAGAUACGAAAUAUCACUUCACAAGCUUAGUUACUAUGCCUUUAGGAGAAAUUGCCUUGAAUUGUUUAUUCAUUUAUUAACUAAUAAUUAUCAGCAGCUACAAUCUGUAUCAAAUUUUAACCCAAGGCUCAAUUUUUGACCAUUUUAUUAAUGUUUUUGAUAUGGUUUUACUAACCCACCAAAUGUUAUGAUACUAUUGCUACUAGUAUAAGUUCAAGUAUGGGUUUUUAUUUAGUUGAUUCUAAUUCAAAUAAUCUUUAUUAGGAUGGUUUUUGACCUAAUAAAUUAACUCUGAAUUUAAGUAAAACUGCUUAUGUUAUAUUAAGUACAAUUGAAAAUCAGUGCUGCAUCCUCUUUUGAUAUAAAAUGUUAUACUUUUAGAAUUUGUCAAACAGCAGGCUUAAGUACUUGGGUAUUUGGUUUGUUAGUUAUUUAUGAUAAAUAUAUGUAUUUUUAAAGAAAAAUUGUAAAAAUAAUUAUUUUGAUCCUACUAGACCUUUGUGUAAAUUUUCAAAAAUUCUUGAUAUUUACAUAUUUCUUUUUAAUCAUUAAUACAUUGAACAAGCCUUUGACUUAGCUUGAUUUGUGUAUUUGCUAAGGCAAUAAAUUUGUAUCUUUUAUUACAUAGAUGAAUAUUAUGUAUUUAUAAAGGCCUAUAUUUACUAACUUAUCAUUUUGUAUUAUUUAUCUGUGUGUUUAGAACUUAAAUAAAAUGUCAAUAUGGAUUGAUUCUUUGGUGAUGAGGUUAGGAGGUAGGUGCAAAAAUCUGUUGUCUUCAGUUUCUUUAAUUAUUUACCCAAUGGUAAAAUGAGUAAGUGCUAAAAAUGGGAAUAUAUAUAAUAAAAUAUGCAAUUGGAUUUAUUUUUCUUUGAAAACUAAAAAAAAUUUUAAUGUCAUUCUUAUUACAUAUAAAAGUUCCCAAGUUGCUUAACAGCAACCUUUAGGGCUUAUAAUACUUAAAUUCAUAGUUCAUUUCCAGUGUUUGACAGUGUACAAAUAAUGCAUUAUGUGGCUUUACAUUAGAACAAACAAAUAAUUUAUUUUAUUAAAUUUUGUAAUUUCAUUGGCCAAACCUCCAGUUUCAGUCUAAUAAUCCAACUCUUUGAGAAAAUAGUUUACUUUUUUCUCCUCAUACAAAUAUUUUUUGUUUACAGUUUUUAAUUUGAUUAGAUGUUUAGUCCACACAAAUUGUGGAUAGUACUAGGUGUUUUUAUACAACUUUCAAAGAUUUGAGUUAACUAAUUUGGGUUUGAAGAAAAUGGUGGGCAAUUUUCAUCCCAAGAUGAUCUAGAAAUGUAAAAACGUUAGGAAGAGGUCAAGUUUGGAAUAAUAAUCAUAAGAAAUAUAGUGUAAGAUUAAAUAAAACAUAUAUGUUGAUA